GGACAUUUCCAUCCUGUUCAACGUGAUCAUCAUUCUGUUGAUGCUGUUUAACACCUUCGUGUUCCAGAUCGGCCUGGUGGCCAUAUUGCUGGAGCGGUUUAGAGCUCUGCUAAUGUUCUCUGCUCUCUAUUUGACCUUCAGUAUCGUACUCCAUUCCUGGCUUACGAAUCUGCGCUGGCUAAAUAGCAACAGAUUUAUUUGGACAGAUGGCCUUCAGGUGCUGUUUGUAGUCCAAAGAGUCGGUUCUGUGUUGUACUACUACUUUUACAAGCGGACCACAGAGUAUUUGGGUGACCCUCGACUUUAUGAGGACUCGCCGUGGCUACGAGAGGUCUUUGUUCGGGCAAGACAGUGAUCUCGCUGCAACAGAGCACAUAGUGGAACAAGUGUAAUGAUGACACAUGUAAAACCCAUAAGUUAAAACUCAGUUUGCAACCAGUUUCAUAAAGGGUAUGUAAAAGGUAUAGAACAUUCAAAACACAUUUCCC